AUGGUUGGUUGGCUACGCAAAACAACCUGCGAAAACGGUGUCGAGUACAUCCAGAACAAGGUGGUUGACAUCUCCUUGGAGGGCAACCACGUCCGAAAUAUCACUUUGCAGAGUGGUGAAGAGAUUACAACUAGUACUCUCGUCAACGCUGCAGGAAUCCGUGCUUACUCGUUCUCUCGGUUGGAGGGAAAGGAUCUGCCCAUCGAGGCCAGGCGCCGAUAUACCUACAUCUUCUCUGUUACCGAUGCCUGGAACGGUCACUACCGGCUCAACACAUUUGAUCAUAAUGCUAUCAUUGGCCCUCUUAAUGAGGUCAGUUUUCUGCGUGGGCUUUCUGGCCACGGGAGCCAACAAGCUCUAGCCUGCGGGCGCUGUGUUGCCGAGUUGGCCGUGCAUGGAGAAUAUCAAACGCUUGACCUGAGCGAGAUUCGGUAUGAGAGGAUCGCAGAGAACCGUCCUCCGACAGAACAAGCGGUGAUCUGA